AUGGCCUGUGACCUUCUCUUCAGGCUCCUUCUACUUAUGGUCCUGGCAGCCCCCUCCCGAGGCAACCACCUUGGUCCCACCUCUCGAUUGCGUUAUUCCAGGUUCCUAGAUCCUUCCAAUGUCAUUUUCCUGCGCUGGGACUUUGACCUUGAGGCUGAGAUGAUCACUUUUGAGCUCCAGGUCCGAACAGCUGGCUGGGUGGGCUUGGGAGUCACAAAUGGCUACACCUUCGUGGGAGCCGAUCUGGUUGUUGGAGGAGUCUUGCCUGAUGGCAAUGUCUAUUUCUCGGAUCAGCACCUGGUGGAUGAAGACACCCUGGAGGAGGACGGGAGUCAGGAUGCUAAGCUGCUGGGUCUAACAGAAGAUGGUGUCUAUACCACCAUGCUUUUCUCCAGGCCCUUCCGCUCUUGUGACCCUCAUGACAAAGACAUUACGAGUGACACGGUGAGAGUGCUGGCUGCCUAUGGCCUGGAUGACAUGCUGAAGCUGGACCCGGAGCGUACUUUUGUCAAGUCCAUCUUCCUGCUACAAAUAGUCCACCCAGAUGAUCUUGAUGUACCUGAGGACACAAUCAUCCAUGACUUGGAGAUCACUGAUUUCCUUAUCCCAGAGGACGACACCACAUAUGCCUGCACCUUCCUCCCUCUCCCCAUCGUCAGUAAGAAGCAUCACAUCUACAAGUUUGAGCCCAAGCUGGUCUACCACAAUGAGACGAUGGUGCAUCACAUCCUUGUGUACGCCUGUGGCAAUGCCAGUGCUCUGCCCACGGGCAUCAGCGACUGCUAUGGGGCUGACCCUGCCUUCUCCCUCUGCUCCCAGGUCAUCGUGGGCUGGGCUGUCGGGGGCACAAGUUACCAGUUUCCAGAUGAUGUGGGCGUCUCUAUUGGGACCCCCUUGGACCCCCAGUGGAUCCGACUGGAGAUUCAUUACAGCAAUUUUCACAACCUUCCUGGUGUGCACGACACCUCGGGGAUUCGAAUGUACUACACGGCACACCUGCGCAAAUACGACAUGGGAGUCCUGCAGCUGGGCUUCCUCACGUUCCCCAUCCACUUCAUCCCCCCGGGUGCUGAGUCCUUCAUGUCCUACGGACUGUGUAAGACAGAGAAGUUUGAAGAGAUGAAUGGGGCCCCGGUGCCUGACAUACAGGUAUAUGGCUACCUGCUCCAUACCCAUCUGGCUGGGCGGGCUCUGCAGGCUGUGCAGUACAGAAAUGGAACACAACUUCGAACAAUCUGUAAAGAUGACACCUAUGACUUCAAUCUGCAGGAGACUCGAGAUUUACCUCAUCGAGUGGAGAUCAAGCCGGGAGACGAAUUGCUAAUAGAGUGUCACUACCAGACACUGGACCGAGACUCCUUGACUUUUGGGGGUCCCAGCACCAUUAAUGAGAUGUGCCUCGUCUUCCUCUUCUACUAUCCCCGAAACAAUAUCUCCAGCUGCAUGGGGUACCCUGACAUCAUCUAUGUGGCCCAUGAGCUGGGGGAGGAGGCAUCAGAUUCCAUGGAGGGCAUGAUGGCCAUGAACAACGUUGAGUGGACCCUGGAGAACAUUAAGAAGGCUGAGAAAGCCUGCAAGGAGGCCCAGCAAACCGUGUUAAUAAAGACAAUUGACGAAGUAGUGGAAAACACAACAGGCUGGAUUCCAGAAAUCAUCCCUACGCCUCGGGGGCCCUGUUUGGAGUCAUCGGGAGGCAAAGUGGAGCCCCAGGAUGAGACCCCUGCAGGCUUCAGGGCUGCACCAAUGGCCCUCUUGGCCUCUGGCAAUGCUACCCUGAGGCACCUCCCUAUGGCUGCCCUCUUGUUUGGGCAGGGGGCCUUCUUUUGGCUCCUUGCUACCCUGCAGGCUGGAAUCUGA